AUGCAGAAUUCAGCUCACAAUGCAUCUCCAGCUCUACAGCUGAAACAAGAAAGCGUGUCUCCAGCACCUGAGAAGUCAAAAUAUAAGGGCAAGGAGAAAGAGAAACCUGCGCCGAGAAAGAAAGGGAAAGGGUCACGAUCAGGAAAGAAUGCACGUCCUUCUGGUAUUUCAGACACGGAGACAAGCCAGUUAGACAAUAAACUGAAGGAAGAGGCUGAGAUCAUUGAACAGAAAGACACAAAGGGGAAAGCGUCUUGGGACGAGGAGAAUGAGAAGAAACUCGCCGAAUACAUCUGUGCACCAGAAAGAUGGUCAAAAGCCCAGACCUCCAUUAAGAAGUAUUGCCAAGAGGCUUCCCAGACGAUAUUGGAUCAAUAUACUACUGAUCAAGUGAUUACAAAGUGGCAUUCGUUGUUUAGGACAUAUAAGGACACGAAAAAGUGGCAAAACCAUACAGGAGGAGGUGAUGGGGACGGGGAGAUACCAGGCAUGCGGACUUCUGUAGCAACAUGCAAGAAAUUUGCAGAAGGAGCAAUCUUUGCUAUCAUCGACCGAGUGGCGGAUGGACGUCCAGACAUCGAGAGGCCCAUUGAAUUCAGUUCUGGAUGUAGCUUUGAGGAUAUCGAGGCAGAUGUCGAGGAGGACGAGAAGAAACGCAAGAAAUCUGAUCCUGCCACCACAUUCUCCGAAGUUGUCAGUGAGGCCCUGAAACUUGCACAAGAACGACAAGAAAAAAUGACAGAGCUCGAAUCUGAGCGAUUUGCGUACCAGAAACGAAAGGAUGAGAGGGAUGAAGAGUACCAGAGGAAAAGAAUGCAGUCUGAAGAUCGAGCUGCAGAAAUACGGAUGCUACGCAAUUUGGAAGACCUGCGCAACUCGAAAUUAGAUGGAUACUGUGCACUGCGUGAUUCAGAGGAUCCAGUGGAGAAGGAACUUGCUGUAGACCUUCAAGAUGAGCUUCGAGAGAUAGCGCAAAGGAUCAGGGAACUUCGACAGGGUGGAAAUUAG